AUGUCUCUGCCAGCAUCGAUCUCUACGAGCCCAGCCCGCCCAAUGGGCAGCCUGGAAAGGUUCAUGAAGGCGAUAGCAGAUGGCGGUGCCCCCCUGAAUCGCGAGCACUGGAUCAUCUCUCUCGCAUUCCACGUUGCUUUCGAACCGUCCGUUACCGCUCCGGAACUCCAUCUUCAACGGGCGUGGCAGGCAACCAGACUUCAGUACCCAGCCUUGGCCGCUGUUCUUCGCUCGGGUCCCCUAGGAGAGCCGGAGCUCACUAUCGAGCCUGACAAUGAAGAGGCUGCCGCCUGGACGUCCAACACAUUCACGACGCAUGACAAUUCGAAGGACGCUGAUGAGUUGUUCUCGGAGCUUCGCCCUACAGCUCAUGCGACAUGCCAUUGGAUCCCGUCGGCGGCACAGCUUAUGAUCCGCUCCUCUCACUGGCGGAUCGAUGGCGUGGGCAUGCUCAUGCUUGGUCACAGCUUCAUGACCGCGCUGGCCAAUGUGCUACACUUCGGUCUUGACGCACCAUUGAGCAGCUACGCGAUCACCAAGUCGACCCAAAGCCCUCUAGGAUCCCACGUCGAAACCGUGGCUCGGUCCUUGGCGCAGAGACCACAGACUGAGGGUCGAGCACAGGGUCAGCGACAUGCGAUUCCGACACAAGUCGCUGCUGUUGCCGAUGACAUCAUUGCAAAGUACACAGGAGGCUUCCCAAGUAUUGCCCUUCCGACAAGGGAAGGCUCCGAAACGACACUGCCAGGGGCGACUAGCCGCGUCGCGAUGGGAUUCGACGUGCCAACCACGUCGAAGGUGGUGACUGGGUGCCGCAUGAUGGGCGUCACCGUCACCAGCGCUGUGCACGCAGCCAUUGUUCGCGUUGCCGCGGACUUUCCGCAACACCCCCUUGCCAAGUCAUACGCCGCAUUCGGACCAGCCGACCUUCGGCGGGUCAUCUACGAGCAAGACAUGGAUGCCGACGUGGGGCCGAUGGGUCUCUUCCACCUUGGCUUGCCUAUAUGUAUCGAAGACGUAGUCUCUUCGAGCAGCGGAGGGGCAGUCAAGAGCUUCAGGACGGUUGCCCGAGAGCUCCAGGCUGUCUAUGGUCAGGACCUUGUCAACUUUUGGGACCCGGCGGAUGGUAGUGGUGCGAUGGUCAGUCUCCUGGAUUUGGUUGAGGCGAACCCCCGUAGAACCCAGGAGCUGUUUGCUGCACUCUUGCCGCCGGGUCUACCUCCCAUGCAGUCCCCGGACUUGAGCAGCUUGGGGAAGAUUGAGAGGUAUAUACAGAGUGAAUAUGGGGUCGGCACUGGUGCUGGACAGGGCAAAGUAGAGGUUCUAGAUGUAUGGCUGGGCCUUGAUGUUCUUACCCGGGCAUUGCAGUUCCAUGUUUGGAGUUGGAAGGGCGAACUUAGAAUCGCUGCGUGUUUCAACCGAAGCUUCUACGAGGGUGCCUUUGUGACUGACGUUAUUGGGAAGGUUAGGGAGGAGCUUCUGGCAGGAACAAGUGUCUAUAUAGCUUGA